CGAUUAGAAUUUGUUUUUGCGCCAAAAUGAAUGCGCAGCGCGGCAAUCUGCUGAUUUUAUUGUUGUAAAAAAAAGAGACUAAGUAGAGCGCAACCCAUUUUUUAAAUAGCUGACAACGAAUAUUUGCUUGACUACAUAUACAAAUCGUGAUGGUUAAUAACGAAAAUGCAAACAUCGCUGCUCAGCAGGUCAUUUGGAUCGGCAGCCACGAGCAAAACACAUGCGUCAAAGGUCUGGAGCACAAAAAUGUAUACUUUUACCAAAAGUGCGUGUACGGCCCAUUAACAUUAUCAGUGGGUGAUUACAUAUUGGUGGCCAACGCAGAUUCAGCCGAACCCGACACAGUAGACGGCUGCGACAUCGCUAAGAUCCUACAUCUAUACGAACUUCGGGAAAUGACCCACAAAGAAUCCUGUCGAGCUAUAGUACAGUGGUACUCCCGCCCGCAGGCCAUACCGCAUAAGUUCUUCGAUGCGGACAAUUUGGCAAUAGACUUUGAAGUUGAGAUUAUUGAGGAGCAUCGCUAUUACGACAACGACGUGGCAUUGGGCUGCAUCCUACGUAAGUGUCUAGUGCUUGAAGGGACUUCCAAACAGACUGCCCAGCAGAUUAUUAGUAAAUACAAAAUACCAGCCAAGUGUCCCAUGUUUGUAUCUCGCUAUAAGUUUCUAAAGGUAAAGAACACAUAUCGACUUAUACCGCUUGAAAUUCAGCUCGAUGGAGCGGAAUCGGCGCGCAAAAGGCGCUCUGUCCGAGAACCUGCCUCCGCUUCAGCGCGCAAGUCCAUUUCACGCAGACGCGUCUCCACAGCGGCAGAGAGUCAAACACCUGUAGAAUUCGUCGAUGUCAACUAUUACAACUGCGAGAACAAAGUGUCACCCAUUAAAAUUGUGGGUGGCCGCAGUGUGGUGCGUCUAUCUGAAAAGAAAAAGAGCGGAGCACCAACUGCAGCUGAGCCAGAGAUCAAUGCCAACUAUUUAAUGGCCUCUCCAUUGACUGAAAAAAAUCAAAAAGUUGCGACACCCAAAUCACGUGCCUCGGCAGCACGUCGCAACUUGAACUUGAGCUUGGACAAAGGAGCCGACACCACAGCCGAUUCGGACUGCUUGAACUAUUCAAUUGUGCAGCAAACGCCAGAUCCCAAGACACCUUCAAAUGAUAUGAAAAUCAAGUUGCGUGUCUCCGAGCGCAGAAAAUCGGUUCGUCUCGAAUCUCUGGAUGAUGAUCGUGAUCCUCUAGAUGUCAACUAUACGCCCAGCAGCAAGUCGGGACGCAAGCGUUUGGGUGUCACCAACGGCGAUAUUUAUCAUACGCCUACCAAGAAGUCCAAGGAACUGCUGGAGCCUGUGGGCACAGAGGUGACGCCCUCCACGCGUCGCAAAAGCAUUUUAAAAUCGGCAACUACACGCUUGGCCGAGGGAACGCCGAGGCGCAGCAUUCACUUGUCCAACAUUGUGGAGCAGCGCAUCUUUAAUGACAACGAGAUUAUUUCGACACCCAAACGCACUCGCUCAAAACUCACAGACGAAGUGGUGGAUGCAGACUACACACCUAAGAAAUCAAUCCAAAAGACGCCCACACGGGCACGAAGAUCGAGCACCACCAAACAGCCAUCGGUAACAAAGCAGAAAGAGCAAGCUCCCUUGACGCCCUCGCAGAAGCUCAAAAAGAUACGCUCAGGCGAGUUGAGUCCCAGCAUGGUGCAGCGCGAACAGCCUGUGGAUGAUCGUCGCAAAUCACAGUUGCAGCUGGCGCGUGAACAGCUCCACGUUUCGGUGGUGCCCAAGAGUUUACCGUGUCGCGAAAAGGAGUUUGACAACAUCUAUAGUUUUCUUGAAGGCAAGAUACAGGAUCAGUGUGGUGGCUGUAUGUACGUCUCAGGUGUGCCAGGUACAGGCAAGACGGCAACUGUCACUGGCGUAAUUCGCACGCUGCAGCAUCUGGUCGAAAAGGAUGAGCUGCCCGCCUUUGACUUUUUGGAGAUUAACGGCAUGCGCCUGACCGAGCCACGGCAAGCGUAUGUGCAGAUCUACAAGCAGUUGACGGGCAAAACCGUUUCUUGGGAACAUGCACACACGUUGCUGGAGAAGCGUUUCACUACGCCGGCGCCGCGUCGUGUGACGACUGUGCUGCUGGUGGAUGAACUAGACAUACUGUGCAAUCGACGGCAAGAUGUUGUCUACAAUCUGCUAGACUGGCCAACCAAAUCUGCGGCCCGGUUGGUCGUAGUCACCAUAGCCAAUACAAUGGAUCUGCCCGAGCGUUUGCUAAUGGGCAAGGUUACAUCGCGUUUGGGCCUCACACGUCUCACCUUCCAGCCCUAUACACACAAACAGCUGCAGGAGAUUGUGACGGCGCGUUUGGCUGGCUCUGAGGCUUUCAAAGGAGAGGCAGUGCAACUGGUGGCCCGAAAGGUAGCCGCUGUGUCUGGUGAUGCACGACGGGCACUCGACAUUUGCCGACGCGCAACGGAAAUUGCUGAUACAGCUGACGCACAGCCGGGUGGAAUCAAGUGCGUGACCAUGCUACACGUGCAGCAGGCGCUGGCCGAGAUGAUAGCCAGUGCUAAAGUGCAGGCCAUCAAAAAUUGUUCGCGUCUGGAGCAAAUCUUUCUGCAGGCUGUUGCAGCUGAGGUCACACGGACUGGUGUUGAGGAAACAACAUUUAUGGGAGUUUACACACAGAUCGAAACGAUUGCGGCGUUUAUGGGCGUGACACUUCCAGCACCAGGACGUGCACUGCAUCUAUGCUCAAAGCUGGGUGCCGAGCGAUUGAUAAUCUCUGAGCACUCCCGACAUGAUUUGUACCAAAAGAUUUUGCUGAAUGUGAGCGCCGAUGAUAUACAUUACGCGUUGCGUGUGGAAGCCAAUUAGGGAUAGAUUUUUAAAGCUUUUAAAUUAUUAUUUUAAUUAAGCGUCAUGUUUAAACAAUUUAAAGUACAAACUCGUUGAUAGGAAUACCAAAUAGAAUACCAAUACAGUA